CAUCUGCUUCCUGUAUCCAAGGAGACUUGCAGGCUGUCGUACUUUUGUUCACAGCAUAUGCAAGCUGAGUCUUUCUUCAUCGAUUGUAACAUGGAGCGGGAAUGUCUGUUACUUGUGGCAGUGAGUCAGUUAAUCCUUGGACAGGGUAAUUCUACUUCUGCUUAUGGAAGAAUAUCCACUGAAAGCACAACAACUUAUGCUGGAAGUAUACCCACUGAAAGCACAACAACUUAUGCUGCACAAACAACAACUGAGUUAAUCAGUCCUGGAAUUUCUGAAAGCCCCCACAAGUCGUACCUUGGUGUCGGAGUUGCCAUAGGUGUGAGUGUUAUGCUGAUUGUGGAUGCCAUCUGUCUGGCACUGGCGUUUAUCUUCAGGUACAAACUAGCAGCCAGAGUAGCAGGGACAAAGGAAACGAGUGAUACACAUAUGAGUAGAGUACAAAUAUCAUCUCCCGUCGCCAUAACAGGCAGAGACCAGACGCAAUCACAAGAAGACCGCUCACCAGCAGCUAGCAUUGAGUAUGAAGCUCUACAGAGAGAAAAUGUGGAGGCCCCUCACACGUAUGAGCAGAUGCACUUCUACCAGAAUUUGUGAGCAAUUGAAACACCUACAGUGAAACGUCAACGUGUCAUCAAGACCCAUAUGGAAGAAGCACUGCCUAUUUGGUUUCUAUAAUUAAAUACCACAUGGAGAUGCCUUUACGAGCAACUCACAUUCUCUGAGUGUUCGUUUUACAGAAACUACAUAGCACCAUAAGACAUUAUUCUGAACAGUUGGAGAUAUCAUUAUUGGAAAAUUAACGUCUGCAUCUCAAAUACCAUUGUUUGCACACUUGCAUUAUUCAUAUCAUUUUAUUUAGACCAUAAAUCAUGGUUCAAGUGACUUUCUAAUCAAGUGUGGCACAGAUUGAUUAUAAGCAAAUGAAAUAAAUCAUAAAUAAGCGUAAUAAGGAAACAACUAUUUGUUUUGUCUUGUUGAAUAGGGUAUUUAUUGUUGGAGUACAUUUAUGAUUUUAGAUGAGGAACUGGACAACGAGACAGUUAUAAUUUGAGAAAAAAUUGCAAAAGGGCAACAAAGUGUUCAUUCAUUCAUUUGUGUUCCCUUAGACAACGACUCGGUCACCUGUAUCCCCUGUUCUGGGCCGGGCAAUAGUUGACCUUCAAUACUGUUAAGAAGAAAAGUUUGAAAAUAUUAGAUAGAUACUAUACUGCAAUACUAUUUCUUGAAAAAUAUUUUUACUAUCUUCUGCUAACUCUCAUAACUAUAUGUAAAUCUAUACAAAGGAAUAUUUCUUAAAAUAUUUCAACAAGAAAUAUAUACACUGCGUCUGUUCUGUGAAAUGUACAUACACCCAAUAAAGUCCUGUUACAAUG